GUUCAUUGACUUCCCAAGUCUCCGCUAAAUGCCGGCUGGCCUGCGUUAUUUAUCAUCAUACGCUUCCGCGAUGGCUUCUUACCAGCCGGCCAACUACCCACCAUUAGUAAACCGCCGGAAAACACCCACCAUACGGCAAUACCAUGGCCUUCUCAUCAUCCCUCUUUUCUUUGUCUUACUGCUUCACUGUGAUCCUUGUUGUUCAUGGAAAGCUAAGUCUCCUCCCUUGUGAUUACGAUGCUCUGUUGUCUGUUCAGAAACACUUGGGCGUCAAUGCUCUUCUUCGAGAUCCGUGCGACUCCCCCGGAAUAUACUGCGAACGACGAGUUGUAAACAACUCGUACGUUCUGAGGGUGACGCGGAUUGUUUAUGAAUCCAAGCAGCUUAGAGGGAGUCUUUCUCCGGAGAUCUCAAGGCUCUCUGAGCUCAAAGAGCUCUCUCUUGCAAACAACCAACUCUUUGAUCAAAUCCCAACUCAGAUUCUUAAUUGCAAGAAAAUGGAGAUCUUGGACCUUGGAGGUAACCAGCUGUCCGGCCAAGUCCCUAUUGAAUUGUCUGCUUUGCUACGCCUUCGAAUCCUUGACCUUUCAAGGAACAAGUUUUCUGGGAACCUGAAUUUCUUGCAGUAUUUUCCUAACCUGGAAAAACUCUCCCUCUCCGAUAAUUUGUUCACUGGCAAAAUACCUCAGUCUUUGAAAUCAUUCCGGAAUCUCCGUUUCUUGAACAUUUCCGGAAACAGUUUACUAAGAGGUCCUGUGCCGGUGAUGAAGCAGCAGGUUGAGUAUGUAUCAGUAUCAGCAGAGGCAGAGUUGAAUGACGAACCAAAACGCUAUAUUUUUGCUGAAGAAAGAAAUCUAACCUCAUCAGCAAUGGCCCCUACAGCCGCAAACAACGCUCCAGCUCCAGCUCCAGCUCCACAAGAAGUGCAUAAACACAACAAGGGCAAAAAAAAAGUAAGGGGGUGGAUUAUUGGGUUUGUAGUUGGAGGUUUUGCAGGGAGUUUAUCAGGGGUGCUGUUUUCUGUGCUUUUCAAGGCGUUAAUGUUUUUAAUCAGAGGGCGCGGGAAAGAUUCGAGUUUAACAAUUUUCAGCCCACUGAUCAAGAAAGCUGAGGACUUGGCUUUCUUGGAGAAAGAAGAUGGAUUGGCGUCGCUAGAGAUCAUUGGAAAGGGUGGAUGUGGAGAAGUUUACAAAGCUGAGUUACCUGGAAGUAAUGGGAAGUUGAUUGCUAUAAAGAAGAUUGUGCAGCCUGCAAAGGAUGCUGCAGAGCUGGCUGAAGAAGAUAGCAGGCUUAUGAAUAAGAAGAUGCGUCAGAUAAAAUCAGAAAUUCAGAUUGUGGGUCAAAUCAGGCAUCGAAAUCUACUUCCUCUGCUAGCCCAUAUGCCAAGACCAGACUGUCAUUACCUAGUUUAUGAAUUCAUGAAGAAUGGAAGCCUACAAGAUGCACUCCAGGGUGGGCCUGAAUUAGAUUGGCUGGCGCGCCACAGAAUUGCAGUGGGAAUAGCAGCCGGUCUGGAGUAUCUUCACAUAAAUCAUACUCAACGCAUAAUUCACAGGGAUCUGAAGCCAGCAAAUGUCCUCCUAGAUGACGACAUGGAGGCAAGGAUUGCAGACUUUGGGCUGGCAAAGGCAGUCCCCGAUGCUCAUACCCAUAUCACUACUUCGAAUGUGGCAGGAACUGUGGGGUAUAUCGCUCCCGAAUAUCACCAAACACUCAAGUUCACGGACAAGUGUGAUAUCUACAGUUUCGGGGUGUUAUUAGGCGUUCUUGUGAUGGGGAAGCUUCCAUCGGAUGAGUUUUUCCAACACACAUCUGAGAUGAGUUUGGUGAAAUGGUUGAGAAAUGUGAUGACUGCUUCUGACGAUCCCAAGCGAGCCAUUGAUCCUAAGCUGUUAGGAAAUGGGUACGAGGAGCAAAUGCUUUUGGUUCUCAAGAUUGCUUGCUUUUGCACUCUUGAUAAUCCAAAAGAGAGGCCUAACAGUAAGGACGUCAGGUGUAUGUUAAUGCAGAUUAAACAUGAGUAGUAUGAUUGAGGGAAAGAAUAAGCUAUCCUAGCACGAUAUGUACUGUUAAGUUUAAGUUAGUUGCAUCGCCUCGCCUCGAGGUUGGUUACUUUACGUUCGUUGUUCAAAUUAAUUUCUGUUCUGUAGUUACGUUGGCCGGGUUAAUGUUGAGCUAUAUAUACAUAUUUGUAGUGUGUGUGGAUG